AUGAUGAUGUCAGACAUUGUUCGUCGGCCAUCGGAUCAGUGUUCCCCCAAAACUAGUCCGCGGGGUAAUCGCUCUCCGGUGGUGCCCAGACAGGACUCAACGGGCACACUGAAGACGACGAUCUCACUCGGCAAAACGCCCUCCAUCGUCCACAGUGGACCCUUCUACCUGAUGAAAGAGUUACCUGCGCCCAGCGAGCUGACUGGUGCCACGAACCUCAUCCAGUACCACAAUUUGGAGCACUCCUUCAACAAGUUUUGCGGUCGAAAGAUCAAGAACCAGCUCAGUUUCUUUUUGCCAAAUCUCCCCGGAAACAUUGACGUGCCUGCAUCAAAAGAUGAUAGUUCACUUCGGAAGUUGAUUGAAAAUCCACCCAUUACUUCAAUAGAAAUUGUACCUCUCACCAAACAGCAACUUGACUCUGCAUUUCGACUGCACGUUGGACCUAUCCCUGAGCAGUACCGCUUUAUGAGCAACCAAACGCCACAGCGAAAGAAACACAAGAAAAAGAAACUGAAAAGCGGCGACACACCGCUGCACGAUUCGCACAGUGAAAUCAGCAACGACAUUGGCAGCAGCAGUAGAGAUCACGAAAAGAAGCACAAAAAGCAGAAACGGCAUGAGGAGGAAAAGGAACGACGGAAGAAGAAGAAGGAUAAGAAAAAGAAGAAACACCGCCUCUCACCCGAACCGCACAUGGGCAUGUCCAGUGACAAUGCACUCACUGGUGGUGCUAGUCCGAUGACUGGCGGCGGUGGCUCUCUCAGCUCGCUGAUAGGCGGUGGCAGCAAUGGCUUCUCCGGUGUCGGUUCAACCUCCAACGGCCUCAAUGGCUCCCUUGGUCGACCGCUUUGA